AUGAAGGACACAUUCAUCGAUGGCUUGAAGGCCCAUCUGGAUGGUGUGACUGUCAUCACCUCAUCGAAGGAUGGUGAGGAUGGGGAUGAUGACCGGGAUUUGGGUGGAAAUGUUGUUUCAAGGCAUGUCACUCAGGGUGCGGGGAUGAGUAAGCCGAGAGCAUCAGGAAAGACACCGAUGAUUGAAAAUCUGGAAGAGCGCUUGUUUAGGAUGGAGGAGUCGAUCAAGGACAUCGUUGAUUUUGUGAAAGAGGAGAGGCUGAUUAGAACAGAAAAGGAGAAGCAAAAGAAGAGAGAUGAAGAUGAAGGCGAUGAAGAGAAAGAAGAAGAAAAAAAUAAAAAAGCUAUUGGUGAAGAAGAAAACAUAGCUGAUGGAUCAGCUGGUGUGGAGAAGAAGGAUCAUGACAAAGGCAGGCAGGAUAGAGAAGAUAAAAAUGAGAAAAGUAUUUGUGAAGAAGAAAACAAUGAAGGAGAUGGAGAGGAAGCAGAAAGAGAAAAAUGCAGGAGAAGUAGAGAAAGAAGAAGGAAAAAAUGA